GUUACUAUCGCGCAAUACUGGUUCUAAGCAAAUCAGAAAUCAUUUUGCUGUGCAGAUUCCGCCCACUAAGACUACGGAAGUUAGGUUGAUCCAACAGCGAGAAAGCAGUCAGAAUCGCGCUGUUGAAGGCAACGAGAAGUACAAUCCAGCUUGGGAAGUGGGUGUCCACCCUUCACGCUUACCGUCACUCGGCAUCAUUGAACUGCAGUACCAAAGUGUCAGCUGUAGUGAGAAUGCCGCUUACAAACAAGUCCAAAAACGCCGACUACAGUGCGGCCCUGCCGACUGGUUCAGAUCGCGGAGAAGGACACCAGCCCUCACAACCAAGAGACCAGGAUGUGCCUCCGGGGGGUGGGGGUGGUGGUGGAGACGACAAUCCGGGAGAUCCUGAAAUUGUGAAGUCUCCCAGUGACCCCAAGCAGUACAGGUACAUUGUACUUGGGAACGGAUUAAGAGCACUCCUCAUCUCAGACUUCAGUGGUGCCGAUGGUAAGGCGGCCACCGAGGAUGAUGAUGAAACGGAGGAGGAAGAGGAGCAGGAGGAGGAAGAGGGGAGCAUUGAGGAGGGAGACUCAGGAGAAGGCACCGACGAAGAGUCGGAGAAUGGAGAUGAUGAACAGGACAGUGACUUUGAGGAGCUAGACGAUGAAAACGAUGGGAGGAAAAAGAAAGCAAACUCUGAAAAACAGUCUGCUGCUGCACUCUGCAUUGGCGUGGGGAGCUUCAGCGACCCCAGUGAUCUGCCAGGACUAGCCCAUUUCCUCGAACACAUGGUGUUUAUGGGCAGUGAGAAGUACCCAUCAGAAAAUGGCUUUGAUGCAUUCCUGAAAAAACACGGUGGCAGUGAUAAUGCCUCCACGGACUGUGAGCGGACGAUAUUCCAGUUUGAUGUGCAGAGGAAACACUUCAAAGAAGCUCUUGAUAGAUGGGCACAGUUCUUCGUGUGUCCAUUGAUGAUCAAAGACGCCAUUGAAAGAGAGGUGGAAGCUGUUGACAGUGAGUACCAGCUGGCCAAGCCAUCUGACUCCCAUCGCAAGGAGAUGCUUUUUGGGGGUCUGGCCAAGCCCAACCACCCAAUGGGAAAAUUCUGCUGGGGAAAUGCAGAGACUCUGAAGCAUGAACCCAAAAAACAGAAGAUCGAUGUUUAUAAGCGUCUUCGCGAGUUCUGGAAGAGAUACUAUUCAGCACAUUACAUGACCUUAGCGGUGCAGUCUAAAGAGAACUUGGACACUCUAGAAAAAUGGGUGAGGGAGAUCUUCUCUGAGGUUCCAUUCAAUGCUCAGCCACAACCAAACUUUUCUGACUUAUUGGAUCCUUUUGACACCCCAUCUUUCAACAAGCUUUACAGAGUGGUGCCCGUCAGGAAAGUUCAUGCCCUCACCAUCACCUGGGCCCUGCCCCCUCAGGAAAAACAUUACAGGGUGAAACCCCUCCAUUACAUAUCUUGGCUUAUCGGCCAUGAAGGAACUGGCAGCAUCCUCUCUUUGCUCAGGAAAAAGUGCUGGGCACUGGCUCUCUUCGGGGGAAACAGUGAAACGGGCUUCGACCAGAACACCACCUACUCCAUUUUCAGCGUCUCCAUCACGCUGACGGACGAGGGCUUCCAGAACUUCUAUCAGGUGAUCCACCUGGUGCUCCAGUACAUGAAGAUGCUUCAGACCCUCGGGCCCCAGCAGAGAAUAUAUGAGGAAAUUCAAAAGAUUGAGGCAAAUGAGUUCCACUACCAGGAACAGACAGAUCCAAUUGAGUAUGUGGAGGACAUCUGUGAGAACAUGCAGGUGUUUCCAAAGGAGGACUACCUGACAGGAGACCAGCUGAUGUUUGAGUUCAAACCUGAGGUGAUUUCCGCUGCUCUGGCCCUGCUGACCCCAGACAAAGCCAACCUGAUGCUGCUGUCACCGGAGCACGAAGGCCAGUGUCACCUGAGGGAGAAGUGGUUCGGCACUCAGUACAGCAUCGAGGAUAUCCAGAAGGAGUGGAUUGAGCGCUGGGCAGGCGAUUUUGAACUGAACCCAGAGCUGCAUCUCCCGGUUGAGAACAAAUUCAUUGCAACCGAUUUUACACUGAAAGCAUCUGACUGUCCUGACACGGAAUAUCCUGUCCGAGUCAUCAACAGUGAUCGAGGAUGUCUUUGGUAUAAGAAGGACAACAAGUUCAAGAUACCAAAAGCAUAUAUCCGGUUUCACCUAAUCUCGCCCGAGAUUCAGAAAUCUCCUAAAAACCUGGUGCUGUUCGACCUCUUCGUGAACAUCCUGAUGCACAACCUGGCCGAGCCGGCAUACGAGGCCGACGUGGCUCAGCUGGAGUACAAGCUGGUGGCUGGGGAGCACGGCCUUGCCAUCAAGGUCAAGGGCUUCAACCAUAAGCUGCCUCUGCUGUUCAACCUGAUAGUGGAUCACCUGGCAGACUUCAGCGCAGCUCCGGAUGUGUUCGCCAUGUUUGCCGAACAGCUCAAGAAGACCUACUUCAACAUCCUAAUAAAGCCAGAGAAACUGGGAAAGGACGUGCGACUCCUGAUUUUGGAACACGCCCGCUGGUCCAUGAUCCAGAGGUACCAGGCUGUUGUGGACAGGCUCACCGUGGCCGACCUCAUGGACUUUGUCGACAGGUUCAAAUCCGAGCUGUACGCUGAGGGCCAUGUGCAGGGCAACUUUGCCAGCAAGGAAUCAGUGGAGUUCCUGCAGUAUGUAACAGAUAAGCUGCAAUUCAAGAAGCUGCCAGCAGAGGUCCCUGUUCUCUUCAGAGUGGUGGAGCUGCCGCAGCAGCAUCAGCUGUGUAAGGUUAAGUCUCUCAACAAAGGGGACGCCAACUCUGAGGUCACUGUUUAUUACCAGUCGGGGCCCAAGAACCUGCGCGAGCACACACUCAUGGAGCUGCUGGUGAUGCACAUGGAGGAGCCGUGUUUUGACUUCCUGAGGACGAAAGAGACGCUUGGGUACCAUGUGUACCCCACCUGCCGAAACACGUCCGGGGUCCUAGGCUUCUCAGUCACCGUGGAGACGCAGGCGACCAAGUUCAAUACCGAACUAGUUGAAACGAAGAUAGAGGAGUUUCUGGUGAGCUUCGGGGAGAAGAUGGCUGCCCUGAGCGACGAGGCCUUUAAGACGCAGGUGACGGCACUCGUCAAGCUGAAGGAGUGCGAGGACACGCACCUGGGAGAGGAGGUGGACAGGAAUUGGGCGGAAGUGGUCACCCAGCAAUAUGUCUUUGACAGACUCAACCGAGAGAUCGAUGCCCUGAAGCUGAUGACGAAGGCUGAGCUGGUUUCCUGGUUCAUGGAGCACCGCGGCCAGACUAGCAGGAAGCUGAGUGUCCAUGUGGUGGGCUUUGGAGUGGAGGAGAACGACCCACCCACCGGGGAACACCACAGAGACGAGGGCGACGAAAGAGCAGGCGGCGAUGAUGGUGGCGCCAGCAAGUGCUUCGUCUCCUCCUCGUACGGGGAGGUGUCCAAACUCACCUUCCUCCCCGUCUCCCCGACGCUGGCUUCGGCCACCGCCAUCACCGACAUCCGCGCCUUCACCGCCGCCCUGCACCUCUACCCUUACCACAAGAUCCUCAAAUAAAUGCAGCCGCCACUUCAGGGAUCCGAUACAAGCACGCCGUUCCCGCUCCACCAUCACCGUCAUCCCCCUCACACGCUAACCCACAACAGGAAACAACACCAGGUGGAUCACAAGUCAAUUGGACAGUGGAGAUGGUGGCGAGAUAAAGAGAGACGGAAACCCUUAACCAACCAAGCUAAACCUCCUGAGAUUGACACACAAAAAGAAGUUGUGUGUAUUUUAUCGAUAGCCUAUAUCUGCUGUGUUUUGUUUGUACUAAUGCAUUGGUUCUGUUCUUGCACCACUACUGGAGGUGGAUCUGGCCUUGGCCUUUUGAUGCCUGUGCGGUCACGUCAGCUAGUGGCCGAUCACAGACUUGAUUCUGAGGUUUUUAUGGGCAUUCAUAAAGCGGUGAAGCUGCAUGAUUAAAAAUCAGAUGCCAGGGUCCCAACUCAUCAUUUGCAUAACUUCUGCUUGGAAUAUGGGUGGCUUCAAGGUCACUGCUUGAAGGAGUGUUCAACCAUGAUACUUAUUAAAGGUUUAGUAAGCAUG